UCACUUCUCGUCUCGUCUCGUCUCGUCUCCAAUUUUUCAAUUACGAGUAUUUUUCUUUGCGUAAAAGUUUAAACUCCAAAACCUCCCUCACCUCUUCAUUCUUUUCCCUUUCUGCCAAAAAACAAUAAAGAAAAAAAAAACAUAAAAAGGAAGAAGGAAGAAAAAAAUUUCGAACUCUAAGAACUUCGCAACGAUGAAUGUUUUCAGAUUUAUUGGUGAUAUGACGCAUUUGGUCAGCAUUUUAGUGCUUCUCCUCAAAAUCUAUGCGACCAAAUCGUGUUCAGGGAUUUCCUUAAAGACUCAGGAACUGUAUGCAAUUGUCUUCUUGACUCGGUACCUUGAUUUGUUUACUGACUUCAUCUCCGUGUAUAAUGCCAUAAUGAAAGUGGUGUUCAUUGCAAGCUCUUUGGCGAUUGUUUGGUAUAUGAGGUUUCACCCAGUAAUUAGACGAUCUUAUGACCGGGAACUGGACACCUUUAGACACUAUUUUCUGGUGGGAGCAUGUUUUCUCUUGGCACUUUUUGUUAAUGAGAAGUUCUCGUUUGAGGAGGUAUUUUGGGCAUUUUCAAUAUACUUGGAAGCUGUAGCAAUACUCCCACAGUUGGUUCUGUUGCAAAGAAGUGGAAAUGUGGACAAUCUGGCCGGACAAUAUGUUUUCUUCCUUGGGGCCUAUCGCGCAUUCUACAUCCUAAACUGGAUCUACCGCUAUUUCACUGAGGAUCAUUUCACUAGAUGGAUCGCUUGUGUCUCCGGGCUUGUCCAAACAGCUCUUUAUGCAGACUUCUUCUACUAUUACUUUAUCAGUUGGAAAAAUAAUUCAAAGCUGAAAUUGCCAGCCUGAGAUAAACAAGGAAUUGGUACACAGAUACGACAUACGACGGUCUGCAUUGAUCUGCUCAUGCCCAAUUUCUACAUGUAGAGCACCAUACCAUAAUUUUAGGAGUUGAUUGAAGUUUUGUCUCUUUGAUGGGGGGUUCAGAUCUGAUUUUAGGAUGACAAAUUUAUAAUCCAAGAUUACAAAUGCCUUUUGACAAAUGUAAUGAAACAAAGAAGGAAGAAAAAAGAAAACUAUGUCAAUAUAUGUAUAUUAAGCAGCACAUGUAAAGCCUUGAAGGAACUUUAGUUAAUUUGUUUACAUGCUUAUAAAUUCAUCAGUGUUACAAUGGC